AUGAGCAAGCCAGUACCACUACAUGAUGAAGCAUCAUCACCAGUUGAUGAACCAAUACCAGAAUCAAGUACAACUACAAUUCUAAGUGAAUCGACUAAUAGUUUAAACACUGAACCUGUUGGACCUGACACAAUGUUUUGUCCUCAUUGCUCUGCUACGUUUGAGCUGGAUCAAGCUGUUUAUCAAAGAAGAUCAGAUCCAUUGGUUGGGCUAGGUGUACUUAAAUUGUGGACGUAUGGUUUAAUUUGUGGAUGUUGUUUAAUUCCAUUAUGUGUUGAUCGUUGUCAGGGUUCUGAUCUCGUGUGUCCAAAUUGUCAUUUACUUGGCUUCUAUAGAAAAACAAAUUAA